CAAUGUGCAGAUUUGUGGCGGGGGUUAGUUUGUCUCAGGGCAGCCGGGUGGAUAUAGGAGGGGCUGAGCCGUGCCGCGCCGUGCCGCGCCGUGCAGCUCCUCACCUCUGACUGACUCGAUCCCGUUUUCCACCUUUCAUCCUCUCAGCUUGUCCCGCGUCAGGAUGGACACGAGCCGCUGCUCCACGGACCCGCUGAUGUGUUACCGGACUGCAGCGGGACGGCGCUGACUGGAACGUGGAGUUGUCCCCCACCCCCUUUCUUUCUUUUUUUUAUAUUUUCCCCCUCUUUUUUAAUAUUUUAUAGCUAUCUGGACGUGGGCGUCGGUGAUGUUUGAAUCGGUGACUGUGGAGACCGCCAACGUGUCGGAGUGCCGACAGACCACAGCUGUUCCACUGGUGCGCUCUUGGAGAGGAGGAACGGACAUGUGAAUGAGAGAGAUUUCCCUCCAGCGGCUGAGAAAUUGCUCUUCUUUUCUUUUCUUUUUUUGUUUCAGUUUCAUAUAAAGGGAAAAAAGAAAAGAAAAACCCUGGGACUGAUCGAUCAGCUAAUUGCUUUGUUCUAAUUAAGGAGAAUUUCUGCGCCCCUUAGCUCAGAAGAGGCCAAUAUGCCAGAAUGGGUCCUCUACACUAUGUAUUCCUCUGUGGACUUCUGUGCGCCAGAACCGACGGGUCCCGUCUUCGCCAGGAAGAUUCCCCUCCUCGCAUUGUUGAACACCCUUCUGACCUCAUUGUUUCCAAYGGGGAACCAGCCACUCUUAACUGUAAAGCAGAAGGCCGUCCAACCCCUACGGUGGAAUGGUUCAAAGAUGGGGAGCGUGUGGAGACGGACCGUGAGAAUCCUCGCUCCCACCGAAUGCUGCUCCCCAGCGGGUCCCUCUUCUUCUUGCGGAUCGUGCACGGACGACGCAGCAAACCAGACGACGGCAACUAUGUGUGCGURGCCCGAAAUUAUCUGGGAGAGGCCYUGAGCCGAAAUGCAUCGCUAGAAGUAGCACUGUUACGUGAUGACUUCAGGCAGAACCCACAGGAUGUGGUGGUGGCCGUUGGGGAGACUGCCAGUUUUGAGUGUCAGCCUCCACGUGGACACCCAGAACCCACCACCUUCUGGAGGAAAGAUAAAACCCGUCUUGACCUCAAGGAUGACAGGAUCAUGGUUCGUGGUGGAAAACUCACUAUUUCAAAUGCAAAGAAAAGCGAUUCAGGGAUUUAUGUGUGUGUGGCUUCCAACAUGGUCGGAGAGAGAGAAAGUGAAAAGGCUCAGCUCUCAGUAUUUGAGCGGCCAGCGUUUGUGCAACGUCCUGUGAACCAGGUGGUUCUAGUUGAUGAGAGUGUAGAGUUCAAAUGUCAGGUCCAUGGUGACCCACCACCUGCUCUGCGCUGGAAAAAGGAGGAUGCAGAUAUCCCCCGUGGAAGGUAUGACAUCAGAUACGAAAAAGAGGAUUUCCUGUUGAGGAUUAAGAAAGCAUCAGUCAGUGAUCAGGGGACCUUUACGUGCACAGCAGAGAACCGCGUGGGUAAAGCAGAAGCCUCUGCAUAUCUGACUAUCAGAGCUCGUCCAGUUGAGGCACCUCAGUUUGUGGUGCGACCUCGGGACCAAAUUGUGGUUCAAGGACGAACGGCGACUUUUCCCUGUGAGACUCGAGGAAAACCUCAACCUACAGUCUUCUGGCAACGAGAGGGUAGCAAGGAUCUUCUGUUUCCCAGUCAGCCAGCACAGGGGGACAACCGAGUGUCAGUGUCCGUUAACGGAGAGCUGACCAUCUCAUCUGUACAACGCUCCGAUGCCGGCUAUUACAUCUGCCAAGCCCUCACUGUGGCAGGAAGCAUCAUGGCCAAGGCCCAGCUGGAGGUAGCAGACGCCUCAAAGGACCGCCCACCACCUAUCAUCCAACGGGGCCCAUCCAAUCACACGCAGGCACAAGGAGGCAUGUCCCUACUUCAAUGUCAGGCGUCAGGAGAUCCACAACCUACAGUCACCUGGCGGAAGAAUGGAGCAAAUCUACUAGAAAAAGACCCACGCUUUUCCUUGCUGGACCAUGGCAGCCUUCAAAUCCAGAAUACAAGGCUGUCUGAUUCAGGGUUGUACACCUGCCUUGCUACAAGUUCCAGUGGAGAAACAUCUUGGAGCGCCUACUUGGACGUCAAAGACUCCACUGACCUUGUGGACUUCAUGUCUCACAACACGAGUGCCCUCCCGGGGCCCCCCUCCAAGCCAGAGGUCACCGACGUUACCAAGAGCAGCAUCUCAUUGUCAUGGGAACCGGGGCCAGAGGGAGGCUCCCCAGUGUCCUCCUAUGUCAUCGAGGCCUUUGGUCAGUCAGUGAGCAACAGCUGGCAAACAGUGGCAGAUCAUGUGAAGAUGACUGAGUUUAUGGUCAAGGACCUUCGACCCAACACUGUCUAUUUAUUCAUCAUAAGAGCAGUCAGCAGUCAAGGACUGGGGGAUCCAAGCCCGAUGUCUGAGCCGGUCCGAACCCAAGAUAUAAGUCCUACUGUCCAAGGAGUGGACCACCGACGUGUGCAAAAGGAGCUGGGGGAUGUUGUGGUCAACAUGCAUAAUCCUGUAGUCCUUAGCUCCACUUCAGUGCAAGUCACAUGGACAGUGGAAAACCCAUCGCAGUUUAUUCAAGGCUAUCGUGUUCUGUACCGGCAGACUUCCGGACUGCCCUCCCCUGGGCCGUGGCAGAUGCAGGACGUGAGGAUUGCCUCGGAGAGAGACGUGACUCUCUCUGGUUUGAAGAAAGGCAUUGUCUAUGAGAUUAAAGUGCGGCCGUAUUUUAAUGAGUUUCAGGGAGCAGACAGCGAAUCCAUGACUGCACGCACCAUGGAAGAAGCACCCAGUGCACCUCCACAGCAAGUGACAGUGUUGACAGUGGGAAGUCACAACAGUACGUCUAUCAGCGUUUCAUGGGACCCCCCUCUCUCUGACCAACAAAAUGGUAUCAUCCAGGAAUAUAAGAUCUGGUGUUUGGCCAACGACACACGCUUUCAUGUCAACAAGUCUGUGGACGCAACCAUCCGUUCCGUUGUUGUCGGGGGGCUGCAGACCGGAGUGCAGUACCGCGUGGAGGUGGCUGCCGGCACCAGUGCAGGGGUGGGGGUGAAGAGUAAACCCCAGCUCAUCAUCCUGGGAGGAGAACUGAAAGAUGUAAUGACAGGAUCGGAGGGCAACAAUAGCAUCUCAGACGUGGUGAAGCAGCCGGCCUUCAUUGCUGGCUUGGGAGGGGUUUGCUGGAUUGUCCUCAUGGGCUUCAGUGCGUGGCUGUACUGGAGAAGAAAAAAAAGAAAAGGACUUAGCAACUACGCAGUUCAGUCGUUCACCUUCACUCGAGCAGUUACAUUCCAAAGGGACAGAGGCCUGAUAAGAAAUGGAAGCCGACCGGGGCUAUUAAAAGCGGGAGAUCCGGGCCUCCCCUGGUUGGCUGACUCCUGGCCUUCUACGAGCCUCCCAGCUAACGGAGGCUUAGGAAGUCCAAAGCACGACAACUUUGGCCGAGGAGAUGUUUUACCGUCUGCAGCGGUGGAGAAAACAGGCACCAUGCUGUCUGACGGUGCCAUCUACAGCAGUAUCGACUUCAUGGGGACGGGAGGCUACAGCAGCCCAGCGCGAGGCAGUCAGCCCACCCCUUACGCCACCACUCAGAUACUCCAGUCCAACAGUUUUCAUGAGCUGGCUGUGGACAGGCCAGAUCCUCGCUGGAAGGCUUCUCUACAAGCCCAGCAGGAAAUGGCGAACAUGGGCUACUCGCUAACCGAUAGACGUCCUGGUGGUGGUGCAAAAGUUGCAAAGAAAAAGAAGAUCAAGGGUGCAACAAAAAGCUCUAAAUCGAAUGGGACAUGUUGGGCUAACAUGCCCCUGCCUCCACCACCCAUGAACCCUCUCCCAGGAACCGAGGUUGAUCUCGAUCGUUACCCCCAGAAAAACCAUAACGGAAGCAGCUGGGCCCCGCAUAUGUCCAUCCAGACGUACCACCACCAAGAUUUAGACAGUGAGGCAGAGGAGGAGAGAGGCCCCACCCCACCACUGAGAGGAAGAUCUUCCUCCCCAGCAGCAGCUCCCUUCAACAAGCCAUCAUCCUCAUCCCUCAGCUCUGCCCAUCAUGAAGAAAUGCAAUCCAUUUUGCAGGCCCACUUAGACGAACUCACCAGAGCUUACCAAUAUGAAGUGGCCAAGCAGGCAUGGCAUAUGAAAAGCAAUUCGAACGUGUCCAACACCCCGUUGGACUUCAUGUCCAGUACYCUAGGCUCUGAUUUGGGAGCCAGUCUCCUUUCUGAAGAAGAAGAGGACGAGGACGAGGAUGAUGAAAAAUAUGCUGUGGUGUCAAAGAACUUAUGUAGUUUUGACUACACUCCUGGGCACAGCAUGGAUAACCUUGAUGGCUCAGGCAAAGCCUCCCACCACCAUCACUCAGACAGCUUUGGCACGGCAGAUCAUGCUGCACAUGGGACACAUAGUCUUGGACACAAGAGGGCACCACUUGCUGCCCACAGUCCUCAGACGGACAAGGUUGGAACUCUUCCCAGUCAAAGAGAUGCCAAGACAGACUCCCAAACAUCGGCCACAAAGUCUCUACAUGGCAUGAGUUCCCACAUCCACAGCUCGUGGGCAGCUGCAGCCUCAGACCCAUCUAAGGAGUGCAUGGUUACUGUGUCAACACUAGAAAGACAGCAUAUGGCUUCCUGGAGUGGAGCAGCAUCAUCAGGCAGGGCCACCCUGAGUAGGGGUUCCCACAAGAGACCUGGCACAGAUCUCUCCCACAACGGGCAUCCUUCCACUAACGCCACUGACAACAGGGAACACUAGUCAGAGUGAAACGUKUUUCCCUGCAGUUUGUGUUCUGUCCCUGGACACCUUGUUACAAGCGCUAUGAGAUUUUUUUUUUCUCACUUUGCAAGGACGACGUGUAGAAGAUGGAGAGGACACAGAAAGGAGGAGCGAGCAGAAGUGUUCAAAAUGAAACACAGAGCUGUAAAUGUCAUGUACAGACACAGACGCCACUCUCACAGUGUUAUUUUCAUCCCCUUCUUCAAAAGAGUAGACAAUAUGUUAUAUGUCUGCUUCUGUUUUUCUGUCACACGAUGUACAGUGAUUCACACGGUGGAGAUGUGAAGAAAAAUGAAACACGCAACAAAAUGACUUGUUAUAAAGGACUUGCAUAAUUUGUACAUAUAUUUUUUAAUGUUUUUUUUUUCUUUCUGCUUUGCUAUGCAAGCCAAACCCAACGUUGUCUCUUUUUUUUGUGAUUUAUUACUGUGAACGAUUUUUUUAUUUUAUUUUAGUUAUUUAUUAAUUUAUUUUUGUUAAUGCUCAAACUGUUAAGCUUAUUUUGAUGAAGCUACUGUAUCGUUGUAUUUUGCACAGAGCAUUUUGGUGAAAAUAAGCACAAACCCAUUGUCAGCUAAGCUGAGGAGGAGAAUCAUUUAUUUCAAAAAGGGGGCAUCUGUAAAGAAACAGAAUCAGAAAAUAUAUUCGGCUGGGCUGUAAUUGCUAUGAGAAAUGCUGAAUGCUAUGAGGGGAAAAUAACAGGCAGACACUUUUAUGCCAAAAAAAAUAACUAAUAAUGUGUCAUGUUUCUUGCUGAAUCUUGUGUUUUUCAGUAAAAAAUGAUUGUCGCGAGGUMAUGAGGUGAAGAUGUUUUAUGGAGUCAAAGUAAAUAUGUAAAACAAUAGUUACCGUCUCUGCCAUUUUGAUAAAGAACAUCUCAAUUAAUAAUAUAUCUCCUUUUCCUCUUUCCUGUCACAUUCUGUGACAUGAUGAAGUGCAAUAUUCAGAAAAUGAUAUGACAGGAAAGGAAAAUGAGCAGAUAAAACUGGUGGAAGUCGUAGGCCUUACAUUAUGUGGAAGGUGCAGAGACGGGUGACCUAAAUCCACCUGCAGAUAAAAACAAUGCAAUAUUUAACACAGCUCUAUGUUUACUUUUUAAGCUUAAUCCAGGACUGAUGAAUGGUUGUGAUUUAGCACCAACUAAAUGGAAGUUAAAGGAUUAUUUUAGGAGGAUGUUGCAAAAUUUAAAAUCUUAGCUUUUCUGUCAAUGAGAUUCAGAAUGAAAUGUCUUCACACGUCUCAGAAUGAUUCUGGUCUGAUUUUUUUUUUUUUUCUUGUAAUGUUUCAUACUCUUUACAUUACAGAUUGGUUUGCCCUCAGGAAUACACAGCCACAUACAGUAGGGGCUUAUACUUUGAUGCAAAAUAAAAUGUGUAUGUGAAAAUCAAA